AAUCGCUGUCGCGACUGCCUAGCGCCGCCACUGCAUCAGCCACAGCCACCGGCGCAGCUCGUCCGUUGCUCCCUCUGCAGUGCAUGUCCGUCUGUCCGUCUGUGUCUGUCACACGCACACUCGCUCGCUCGUCGACGCUUCCGAUUUAGAUGUAAAAUCGAAAAUCGCGAAAAAAUAACGACGGCGAUAAAUUCGCGCGACUCGACAAAAAUUUCACGAGGUGCACUCGACGAUAUAUACAUAAUAUUAUAUAAUAUAUAUUAUCUCCGAGUCGUCGUAUAGGCAGUGAGUAGGCGUCGCGGAUUCACGCGCCCACGUGGCAAGGACUCACGGUGGCCUCGAACGGGGUAGUAGUAUUGCACAUCACGCGUCUUAAGCAUAUAAGAGAUAGGCCCGGCCGAAACGUCGGCGCAGGUCCCUCGAGGCGUGACGCGAUGCUGGUGACGCCGUCGGACGUAGUGGGCCGACUCGACAUAGACGAACGGCGUCACCCGCGAUCGGAGAAAUUCGACGACGUCGGCGGAGGCAAUGACGUCCGUGAAGGAGGUGGUGGCGGAGGUGGUGGCGGCGACGGCGGCGGUGGUGGCGGAAAGAAGCAUCGCAAGCGGCGGAACCGUCGAAACCGCCAACGACAACUGCAGACCGCGGAAGAUGAAGGCGCGGCCGAAGUCGUGUCUGAUACGCCUCCGAUAGGAAGUGACAACUAUCGCCAAUCUGUCAUUACGGCUAAGGUCAACGACGAACCGGCCGAAUCCACCACGGGCGGUGCUGUCGCAGAGGCGGCAACACCCCUGACGGCGGCACAAGUGGUCAAAGCUGUUGUCGGUGCCGACGGCGUCACUGUCUCAGAAACCACCACAGAAACUUCCACAGAAACCGCCACAGAGGAAGUAAACAAUAUGGAAGUACAAAUUGACGACGAGAUCGACGAAGACGACGGCGAACGGUACUCGCCAUGUUCACUGUCAUCGGCGGAAGACGAAAACAGCAACGCCAUUGACGGUAGCCGUCAGGUGACUGUCAUGAAAACGGCGUGCAGCAAAGGCGACGUUGACUGCAAUAACGACUUCAAAACUCAGAGCAAUGACCACAGUUGUAACGGUGCUGCGCCAGACUCGACCACUUCACCACCUCCAGACGUCAUAAUGCACCACAACAACCACGACAUUAUCAAGCGGAAAAAUUCGCGACGAAGCCGCCGCAAACGCCGAUCAUCCUCCGCUGCCGCGGCCGUUAGCGUUCCAGACGUCCAGAUGACGCCCGCGAUCGGUCCGGUUGGCGAAGAGGAAUCGCUGGAACCGUCCCCAUCACUGCCGUCAGCAGCGCAGAUGAACGUGACGAGUACCGUCAUAGACACUACCAAUAACGACAACACCAAUAUAAAAGACUGCGACGACGACGCCACUGCUAAAAUCGUCGGCAUCAAUACCGCUGAUGCUGGUACGACGAUUGUCGAAACUACCUCCGCCAACGAUGACAGCGAACAACAGUCCACGGCGACGACUACACUGCAAUCACAACAGGUAGAGUUGUGGCCCGAUCAAGGCUCAAUCUUAUCGGCGACGACUACACUGCAAUCACAACAGCAGCAACAGGAACCGCCAUCAUUGAUCUUGGCCGCCGCACAAAAUGGGUUGGAAAGAAUGGCGGCCACUGUAGCAGCUGUCCAGGACGUGGAGAGUAGGUUGUUGGACGACUUCGAGUGGAAGCUCAGCGAGGUACACCGGCAAUGGAAACAGCGUAUGUCAGAGCGCGAACUAAAGAUGGCCGAGGAGUUGGAUACGAAGCAGCGUAAGCUGCACGAAGAAAUGGAACGGCGGGCGAUGGAGCUCGCGGAAGAAGUGAUGAGACGCGAGCAGAAGAUGGCCGAGGAGAUGGUAGAACAUGAGCGACACCUCAAGAGCGUGUUGUUAAAACGGGAAAAGGACCUAGAGGAACGAACGGCCGCGGAGGUGGCCGAACUUAAGCGAGAGUUCGAAGAGAUAGCCAAGGCCCAACUGGACGAACGGAAAAAGUCGUUAAUGGCCGAGGCGGAGGCAAAGGUUGCCAAGCGAGAGAAGGAGCUCAAGGUGGAGGCGGAGGAAGCGAUAGCGGCGAUGAAACGAGAGCGUCGGCUGGCCGCGGUGGAGGCUUCGAAGCGCGAACGGGACGCUGUGGCGACGGCACUGGCGGAAGCCGCGAAGCGAGAACAACAGAUCUUGGCGGACGCGGACAAGCGAGAGCGGGAUAUCAUGGCCGAGGCCGAUCGCCGGCAAUGGGAAAUGGUCGAGUUGGAGGUGGCCAAGGCGGCCAAGCGGGAACGCGAGUUAAAGGCUGAAUUUGCGGCCCGGGAAAGGCAACUGGCAGCGGAAUCGGAGGAACGGGAACAGCGCGCGGUGGAUGCGGCCGAAAGGCAGGUGCGUCGCCAGUGGCGACAGUGGGAGCGGGAUGCAAAGGCUGAGAGCAGGAAAGCGGUGGAGGAGGAACAGGAGCGGGCAGAGCGUGAGCUAGCCGAGGCACGUACGGCGUGGGAACGCGACAGAAUUGAAAGGAUCGCCGCACUGGAAUCAAGAUGGACGGAGCGCAUGCACGAUGCUGUUCAAGCAGAACGAGCCAGGGGAGCGGCGGCAGUGGAAGAUCUUCGGCGUAUCAAUCAGGACGAACAGAAACGGGCUGUGGCCAUUGCCACUGCUGAGGCAGCUGCCGAGGCCUGUCGUAAGGCUCGGGCUGAAGCGGAUGCCGAGUUGGUUAAGCUACGCCGAGCUGUAGAUACGACGGCGCUGUGGUACGAGGACUUACUUGACGCAGCCCGCGCUGAACGCGAUCGGUGCAUAGAAAGGGCUGACGAAGUGGAACGGAAACUGUCAGAAGGGGAACGAAAACAGUCUGAAGCGGAACGGAAACUGUUGGAAGUGGAACUGAAACUAUCGGAUGCUGAAAGCGCCAAAACGAAAGCAGAGGAAGAGCUGGCAGAAAUGUCAAAAUGGCUAGCGACAACGGAGAAUAAUCUGGCUAUAGCUAGGAGCGAUAUCGUCAACUUGAAAAAUUUGUUGGUACAGUCAGCCAGUCGGCAGGCAGAAACUGAGAGCAAACUGCUAGUGGCGGAACACAAAAUUACCGAAAUGGAAAAAAAGUUGGCCGCCUCUGUGGCUGUGAAAUUAGUUAAUAAUCGCCACAAUGAUGAAGAUGACGAGGAUGAAGAAGAGGAAGAGAACAACGAGGAUGAAGAGGGUGGUGACGGAGACAUAGAAAGUGGAGCUACAGGUACAGGCUGUGGUGUGACUGACGAAGAUGACAUGAAUGGUGAGACCGAGCCGAAGAGCUGCUGCGUCCGAGCUGUCAAGAGACGAGUGGCACAAUUGAUCGUGGCACAUGGUCAGCGAAUGGAAGAACAGCGUGAACGGCAUGCGCGGCAGAUGCGUCGACAGCUGGAGAUGUUGAUGGACCAACGCCAACAGCAGCACCAUCAUCAACAACAAAAGCAUGAUCAAAACCAGCAUCCCCAACAAAAGCAACAGCAACAACAGCAGCAGCAGCAGCAGCAACAACAACAACAACUCCAGCAAAAUGAUCUGGACGAGCGUCAUCAGCAGGAAGAACAUCAGCAGCAGAAUCAGGAUGGACAGAACGAUCAAUGGCAACUCCAGCAGCGAAGGCGUCGACCCCGUGGAGGUGGGGUCGUCGGAACCGAAAGAACUGAAGCAGGCAGCGACCGCACACCGCAACCGCAUUCAUCACCGCCUCCUUCCAACGGCGGCAGCGGAAGUAGCAGCAGCAGCCGGAAUAGCCGGCGCCGGAACAAGCACCGCCAACAGCAACAGCAAUUGAACCCGAAUCCAAACCAGCAGGGACCUCCACCGCCACCCAGACCGUCCGGAAGACCAACCGCAUGACAAAUAACAAAAGCCACUGAAUUAUUAUUUUUACUCGUAUGAUAACUAUUUCUAUUGCGUGGCAUGAGCUCACGUUUGUUUAUAAUUAUUUAUUUACGACUGUACCUAUUUAUUUAUAAUUAUUUAUUUGGGUUUUUUUUUAUUUAUUAUGGCGUGUGUGUUUCAAAAAUACUCAUUUAAUUUUACUACUUUAUACUUAUUAUAUCAUAUAAACAUUAUAAUAUUAUACUAUGUGUACCGUGGCUGUUUGAGAGAGUGUAAAUCGGCCACGAAUGCGUCCCUCAGAGACGACGAAUUUUUCAACCCUCACCCUUCAACAUCACGUCCCCUUUUCAUAAUAAAGAACUUUACGCACAUCGAA